AUGGCUAAUUCUUCUUCGUCAUCACGUGUCAAGGAAACAGCUCGUACAAUUGAAUUCGAGCUUAAACAAAAUGGUCCCUACAUCUUAGCUGGCUUAGGUGUCAGCGGUGGUCUUCUUCUUUUAGCUAACCGAAAUAUUCCGGCUCUUGGUAUUCCAAUUUUAUCAUCAGCUGCUGACCGUGUCGCUUAUGCCCUCCGCUGGACAGGUCUUGAGGGUAUUUCAAUGGUCACCGCUAUAUGGUGCGUUAUUGGCGUUCGUUCUAAAUAUGGAAUUGAACCAACAUCCUCAGAAGGCAAUCAUCACUUACAAAUGACACAACGAAUUCUAACGAAUACAACUGAAUCAUUUCUUGCAUUUACUGCAGCUAAACUCGCUUUAGCAUCUGUGCUCGAAGCAAACAAUCUUCGUAUAAUUCCUGCUUUAUCAGGCUUGUUUAUUCUUGGUCGCUAUACAUUUGAUGCAGCGAUCAAUCAUCCCGCACGUACAUUUGGUUACACAAUCAAUGCCGUUGCUACAUUCACAGCUUAUGGUCUCUUUCUUUACAAAUUACUCUCUGGUGGUAUUCACUCUAAUCUUCUUCCAUUUUCACUUCGUUAA